CUUGUAUUUUAAAUUUAAUUUAGCGUUCCUCCGAGGACCAAGGACCUCAUGGAGCAAUUUGUCUUCGAAAGCCUGAAAUCUUUUUGUAGCUUUCUUCUCGCUAGGUAAUUUCGCUUUUACAGGUGACAGUUCGAGCAGCUGAGCAGCUCUGCUGAGGUCCAGGACACCGCGCUGCUAUAAGUAGGGAAAGAGGCCACGCCAUGGCGCUCUCCAUCUAUCUGUAUGUUCCUAAUUUGAUCGGCUAUCUGCGUGUUGUUUUGAACAUGGUGGCAUUCGCCCACGCUUUCAAGGACAGCCGCCUGUUCCUCGUGCUGUACCUCCUCAGUUUUGUGUGCGAUGAGCUGGACGGCCGCUUUGCGCGUCUGCUCAACCAGACCUCGACCUUUGGCGCGGUCCUGGACAUGGUGACGGACCGCGUGAGCACCGCGGGGCUGCUGCUGGUGCUGUCCCACCUGUACAAGGACUACUGGCUGGCAUGCCUGGGCCUGCUCGUCCUGGACGUGGCCAGCCACUGGCUGCAAAUGUACAGCACGUUCCUGGUGAGCAAGACGAGCCACAAGGACGUGGACGCGCGCGCCUUUUUCCUGCUGCGCCUCUACUACCGCUACCGCGCCGUCAUGGGCUACUGCUGCAUCGGGGCGGAGGUGCUGUACUUGUGCUUGUACCUCCUCCACGACCCGCUCUACUGGGGGUGGCCUGCGCUCCCCGCGUGGGCCCACACGGAGCGGGGGGCGGUGUACUGGCUGGCCGGGCUGGCGGCCCCCGGGUGGGCGGUCAAGCAGGUGGUCAACCUGGUGCAGUUGAAAACCGCUGCCGACGUGUGCGUUAGUUAUGACGUAGAAAGGCUGCAAAAAGUAGAAAAGAAGACUCCAUAACGGUAGGUGACUUCAUUGUUCUGCAUCUCGAACUGUCCUUGAUCUUGGCCCAAGUUAGCGGCGAAUCACUUGCUUUUGUAAGCUCCGGCAUCCGAGCCCAAGACCUAGUCUCUGAUUCGAUAAGGGCUUUACAGUCUUCAAAAGGAAGAAUCUACUCCACACUCAGCACCAUGAGAAUACCGCAUGAGAUGGCCAAAGCAUGGCGGAGAAGAGACAAAUGAAGCGCCUUGCCAUCCAAAUUUCGGUGGCUAGAAAAGAGGGCCGCGUCGAUCACGUCCA